GGGAAACUGAAGAAGCAGAGACUCCUACGGGGUGUGUGCGCGUGCGUGUGUGUGUGUGAGUGCAGCCUUCAGUGCUGCUGGAGUUGUCUGUGCUGCAGCAGUAGAAACGUGACUUCCAACAUUAAAAAAAAUACCUUCCCCUUUCAAAUCUUUUCUCCGCUCUUCAAGAUGUAAACUACGCCUCGGACACUACGGGCCUACGAAUCGCUUUGGUGGCCUGGGAAAAAGAAAAAGGGGACAUCAAGGGCGGUUUUGUGUGUCUGUAGGGUGUAAAAUUUCUAUUAUGAAUCUCUAAAGUGAUUUUUCUUUUUUUGGUGGUUUGUUCUACAUUUGUAUUUUUUCUUCUUUUUUGACCCCACCACCUAACAUAUUGGAUUUAUUGCAAGGAGGAUUGCAUUGUGUGCGAAGAAAAUCGGAUUAUAAGAAACCACUACAAACAAGAAACAAAAAAGAAGGAUUUUUUUCCUCCAAAUUGGAUGCGGCUUUUAAUUCAUGAAGCAAUUUCCCCCAUUUGCAAUCAGAAUCUGGAUAUCAGAAUGAGCAAAGAAAGACCCAAGAGGAAUAUAAUUCAAAAGAAAUACGAUGACAGUGAUGGGAUUCCAUGGUCGGAGGAGAGGGUGGUACGAAAAGUCCUUUACUUAUCCCUAAAGGAAUUCAAGAAUGCGCAGAAGAGGCAGCAUGGGGAUGGCAUCAAUGGGAGUCUCAAAGGCGUGAAUGGACUGCUUAGUAAUGGCCAGUCUAAAGGAUUACGACCUGGGUCUGAGCACCUAGAGAACGAGAAGGACGAUGCGUCGCAAGUGUCCUCCACUAGCAACGAUAUUAGUUCUUCAGAUUUUGAAGAAGGGCCAUCAAGGAAAAGGCCAAGGCUGCAAGCACAAAGAAAGUUUGCUCAGUCUCAGCCAAGCAGUCCCAGCACAACUCCAAUAAAGAUAGUGGAGCCAUUAUUGCCCCCUCCAGCUACACAGAUUUCUGACCUCUCCAAGAGGAAGCCCAAGACAGAAGAUUUCCUUACAUUUCUCUGCCUUCGAGGUUCUCCUGCCCUGCCCAGCAACAUGGUAUAUUUUGGAAGCUCUCAGGAUGAGGAGGACGAAGAAGAAGAAGAUGAAGAAGCAGAGGACAUGAAGGUGACCACAAACAAUGCUUCGUCUUCAUGCCAGUCGACCCCCAGGAAAGGGAAAACACACAAGCACGUUCCAAAUGGGCAUGUCUUCAACGGAUCCAGCAAAUCAACAAAAGAGAGAGAACAUGUUCAGAAACACAGAGUCAAAGACACAACGCCAGGAAAGGAAAGAAAUGGCGAACACAGGACUGAGAGUCGCAAAGACCAGGCUGCUGCUAAUCACCAUUCUUCAACAAACAUGGGCUUUUCCACAAAAGGGCUCAAUGCCAACAACCACCACACCCUUCAUCGAUCGGCUCAGGAUUUAAGGAAACAGGUUUCAAAGGUCAAUGGUAUCACUCGAAUGUCAUCUCCGAGUGCAAACACAGCCAGUGCCAAAAAGAUGAGAGAAGUCAGACCUUCACCGUCCAAAACUGUGAAGUACACUGCAACAGUGACAAAAGGAACUGUCACAUACACCAAAGCCAAGAAAGAACUGGUCAAGGAAACCAAACUAAAUCACCACAAGCCCAGUUCACCUGUCAACCAUACAAUCUCAGGGAAAACGGAAAGUAGCAAUGCAAAAACCCGCAAACAGGUGCUAUCUCUUGGAGUGGCCAAGCCCAACAAUACCGCUGUUAACGGUGUCAAGGUCAAUGGCAAGUUGAACCAAAAGACAUGCACUAAGGAGGUAGGGAGGCAGUUGAGGGAGGGGCUGCGCAAUUCAAAAAGGAGACUGGAAGAGGCAAACCACAUAGACAAAACACAGUCGCCGGCCAAGAAGCUAAAGGUCAGUGUGGCUGAAGCUCCAAGCAAAAAGGCGCCUGUGGAGAAGCCUUUGCUGAAUGGCCACGUGAAGAAGCCUGGAAGUCAGGAAGUGCCACAGAAAAGUCUGGAAAGAAACAGGCCGAAGAGAGCUGCUGCUGGGAAGAACAUGCCAGGGAAACAAGCACAUAGCAAAACUGAAAAUGCCUCCUGUGAAAAUCAUUCUACCUCUCAAACAGAGUCCUUGCACAAGCCACAUGACUCAACGGGGAAGCACGAGAAGGUCAGCAUCAAGUCUGGGUGGGCCAUGAUGGAGGAGAUCCCUAUCUUCAAGCCUUCCCCAAAGGAGUUCCAUGACCCGUUGAUAUACAUUGAGUCUAUCCGUGCUCAGGUUGAGAAGUAUGGGAUGUGCAGGGUGAUCCCUCCUACCGACUGGAGGCCUGAGUGCAAGCUGAAUGAAGAAAUGCGCUUUGUGACGCAGAUACAACACAUUCACAAGCUGAGCAGGCGCUGGGGGCCCAAUGUGCAGCGGCUAGCCUGUAUCAAGAAGCACCUCAAAUCUCAGGGCAUUACAAUGGAUGAGCUUCCACUCAUAGGAGGAUGUGAGCUAGAUUUGGCCUGCUUUUUCCAACUGAUCAACGAAAUGGGGGGCAUGCAGCAAGUGACUGACCUCAAGAAAUGGAACAAGCUGGCAGACCUGCUGCGGAUCCCCAAAACUGCACAGGACAGGUUAGCAAAGCUGCAGGAGGCGUACUGCCAGUACUUGCUCUCCUAUGACUCCCUCUCUGCUGAGGAGCACAAGAGACUGGAGAAGGAAGUCCUCUUUGAAAAGGAGGUCCUAGAAAAGAGGAAAGGCCCCCUGGAGGUACAUUUGGAUAACAACUAUGAAUUCCAGUCUCUCCCCCGGUAUGAGCCCAAAAACGGACUCAUCAAUGGCGUGGUUCAUAAAAACGGCUUCCGGAACAAGGCGAAGGAAGUCGAAGUCCCACAGAAAACGGGCCGGCGGCGACUCUUCUCUCAGGAAAAAGAGACCGUGAAGGAAGAGGAGGAAGACAAAGGCGUUCUCAGUGACCUCCACAAGUGUGUAUAUAAGGGAAGGUCUGUUUCUUUAACAACCUUUUACCGAACAGCAAGAAACAUCAUGAACAUGUGCUUCAGCAAAGAGCCUACAGCAGCUGAAAUAGAGCAAGAGUACUGGAGGUUAGUGGAACAGAAGGACUGCCAUGUAGCAGUGCAUUGUGGGAAAGUGGAUACCAACACCCACGGCAGUGGCUUUCCUGUGGGAAAAUCAGAACCGUUUUCAAGGCAUGGGUGGAACCUAACAGUCCUUCCUAAUAACACAGGAUCCAUCCUGCGACAUCUUGGUGCUGUGCCUGGAGUGACAAUUCCUUGGCUAAAUAUUGGCAUGGUCUUUUCUACCUCAUGCUGGUCUCGAGACCAAAAUCACCUUCCGUAUAUAGACUACUUACACACUGGUGCUGACUGCAUUUGGUAUUGCAUUCCUGCUGCAGAGGAGAAAAAACUUGACAAAGUGGUACACACCCUGCUGCAAGCCAAUGGCACUCCAGGGCUGGAAAUGCUUGAAAGUAACGUCAUGAUCUCCCCAGAGGUGCUGUGUAAAGAGGGGAUCAAGGUGCACCGUACUGUACAGCAGAGUGGGCAGUUUGUUGUCUGCUUCCCAGGAUCUUUUGUGUCUAAAGUGUGCUGCGGCUACAAUGUUUCUGAAACUGUGCACUUUGCUACCACCCAGUGGACAAGCAUGGGUUUUAAAACUGCCAAGGAGAUGAAGCAACGACGUAUACCCAAGCCAUUUUCAAUGGAAAAGCUGCUCUAUCAGAUCGCAACAGCAGAAGCAAAGAAAGAAAAUGGGUCUUCUCUUAGUACAAUAUCAGCACUUCUAGGAGAGCUCAGCACUGCUACCCACAACUCAAGUGUCAGACAGCUGGGUAGUGCUGGUCGGUAACAACUCGAAUAGAUCAAGAGAAAAUCUGAUGGCUGGAAUCUACAACUUGUAUUUAACAAAAUUACUGUGUUAAUGUGCAAAGAAUGUUUAGAGUCUUCUCCACUAUAUGUUUGCCCUCAAGGUAGAAGACUUUUGAGGCUCUGUAUGGAGCUUCUUCCUUUUUAGGGAGUUGAUAUGCACUUUUUCCUUUAACAAAGGAAAAUUUGCAAAUAUCAAAAGAGCUGGUAUUUUUACAUCCAUCCAUCCAUCCAAGUGGUUCUCAAGCUUGUUCACAUUUAGGUUGCUUCUCUUAAGAGGGAGAUCUUCCAAAGGAUAUUUCUCCUUCUAAAGCCUGAUCUUUGCUGCUAGAAUAACUAUGCUUUUUAACUGCAAAUGUCAGCCUACUCUUUUUCUUUUUUCCUUUGGUUGAUAUGUGGUACCACCUUUUCCUUUCCUGAGCUCAGUUCUCAUUUACUCACUGCUUUGGUACACAAUGUUCCAUCUCUCUUCCUGUCUGCUCAGUUCCCUUUUAAGUGUCGUAGCAAGUCAAGUCUUGCCAACUGAUGAACUGUUAGGGUGGGCCUACCAUAGGACACUGUUUUUGUCCCACUUUUAUCUCCUCCUUUUCCCUCCUUGGCUAUUGGGCAUGUUUAGCCUGGAGAGAAGAUUGUUAAGGAGAGACUUGGCAGCAGUCUUCAAAUUUCUGAAGGGUUGUCAUAUGAAAGAUGAAGAAGGCUUGUUCUCUGCUGUAUCAGAGGGCAGGACUAGAACCAGUGGUGCAACAGAUUUGGGCUAAACAUUGGAAGAAACUUUCUAAUGUUAAGAGCUGUUCAACAAAGAGACGAGACUAUGUUGGUAGGUGACGGGCUCUCCUUCACUGGAAGUUUUUAAGAAGAGGCUAGAUAGCCAUCUGUCAGGGAUUCUGGAGUUGCAUCCUGGAUUGUUGAUCCUGCAUUGAGCAGGGGGUUAGACAAGAUGACGUCCCAAGUCCCUUCCAACUCAAUAAUUCUUUUUUUUUCUACAGCGAGUGGGGCUGCUUAAAAUGGUGCUUGGUCUCCAUAGGUAGUAAUAUCUCCUGGCAAAUCAGUUGGCAGCCAUGUUUGCCCAAUAAUUUGAUCUGGCCCAAGGAUUUUCUUUCUCAGAUUCUCUGUCUGGAAAACUCCCAAUUUAUAUA